CACGUUUACAUACGGGUAUGUUACAUACCUAUGCAGUAGUAACCACGACCUCCGACGACCGCUCUUGCUCUGCUACCUCCUCAGCCUCGUCUCGAUAUCCUAACGCGCUCUGCUCAUACGCCACGGAACGCUCAUAGGGACCUCCAAUUCCGAUCAUAUUAGCCUCUCUGCCGCCGGCCCACGCUGAUUGCUCGGUUCACGACAAUACGACUCCUCGAACGCCGCUUUUCUAAAUCGGAAACCUGACACCUAUAGUAGGAGCCCCCACGCGAACAAAAGGACACUCCUAGUACUAGAAGGCCACAUACCCAAGCCCGAUCACGAUCGCAAACUUUCACGUCCUCUCAUGACCUCCCCACACCUCAAGGCCGUCAUCUUUGACAUUGGAGGCGUCGUCUGCCAGAGCCCCUUUGUGGCAAUCGCACAAUACGAGCGCGAAAAGGGCCUGCCCCCAAACUAUCUCAACGUGUCCAUUAGCGGACGGGGCUCGGCAGGCGCAUGGCAGAAAUUUGAACGCGGCCAGCUUCCGCUCCUUGAGUUUUACAAGGCUUUUGGCGCCGACUUGUCAGAUACCGUAAGCGGGAACGCAUGGUAUGCAAGUUAUUGCAAACGGAAAGGCAUUUCCUGUCCACCGCUCCCAGUCACGCUGAGUGUGGAUGGCCGUGAGCUCUUUGGUCGCAUGAUGCAUCAGUCAGUCCAGUAUGACAUGCACGUUCUUCGAGCCAUGGAGCGGCUACGCGCAUCCGGGCGGUGGAAGCUGAUUGCUCUCACGAACAACUUCAGCAAGCACAACGUCUCUGCGGAUGGAGUAGAGGCAGCGAUACCAGAGUCAGAGCUCCAAUUCCUGGGCUGGCAUGAUGGUGCUGUCCCGAGCCAUCUGCGUGAUCUAUUUGAUGACUUCUGUGACUCGAGCACCCUUGGCGUUCGGAAACCUGAUCCAGAAAUAUACCUGAUUGCAUGCAAUAGAAAUGGAAUCAAGCCAUCGGAAGCCAUUUUUCUAGAUGACAUAGGAGCCAAUUUAAAGACAGCGAGAAAGCUGGGGAUGGAAACAAUCCAUGUUCCUAUUGGACGCACUCUUCACGCUGUCAAGCAACUCGAAAGCAAACUAGAUAUUGAUCUUACAACCUCGGAUGAUAUACCAAGAGCGAAGCUUUAGCUUGUAGUUUUGAUUACCCAUUCAAGUUUAGAGCAUUGAUAGUGGAUUCGCAAUUCAAAGGGCGUGCCCUAAU